GACGCGUUUGCAGACACGGUGUGGCGGCCGCGCGGGAACAUGACGCGUCCGGAAAGGUCCCGAGAGUAGGACGACCCGACGGAGACCCUAUCGAUUUUUUUCUGUUAAACGAUCGACGGAGAUGGUGCUGCGGGGUGAUGGAUUAUGACGCGGCUGCGAAUUAUGCGAUUAUGAACCAGCUAUGCAAAGUGUGCGGCGAACCCGCCGCUGGUUUCCACUUCGGCGCGUUCACGUGCGAGGGCUGCAAGACACUGUCUAAAAAAUCCUCUCCUCUCUUCCAGUCAUUCUUCGGCCGCACCUACAACAACAUCAGCUCGAUAUCCGAGUGCAAAAACAACGGGAAAUGCGUCAUCAACAAGAAGAACCGCACCGCGUGCAAGGCGUGUCGCCUGCGCAAGUGCAUGAUGGUCGGCAUGUCGAAAAGCGGCUCCAGGUACGGUCGUCGGUCCAACUGGUUCAAAAUCCACUGCCUGCUGCAGCAGCAACAGCAGCAGCAGGUCCAACAGCAGAACCAACAGCAGGUCGACAUAAACCUGGCGGCCGCGGCAGGAUUGUUCAGACCGAACCCGUAUCUAUCGCCGUUGUUCAGCAGGAACCACCACCAUCACCACCACCACCCGGCGUCCACAUCCGUAGGCGUUCGGGAAACUUCGGCUAGCGAAUCGGAUUCGGGCGCGUCUUCGGCCGAUCCCGACGACGAGAUGCGUUCGACAAGCGCGUUGAGUUACUUGAGGCCGUCGGCGUCGCCUCUGAGUGAUCGCGUAAGUGACACCGAGUGUUUUACGAAGAGAAAAACUCGGAUAUCGUUAAAUAACCCGGCGUCGAUAUCACCUGCGUCGUUGCCGUCGAUAUCGCCCAGUUCGUUGGCCGUCACGAACAGGUGGUUCCCGCCUCCGUUUCCGCCUAUAGGGGAUCCGGCGAUUUGGCGUGAGAUUUGGUUGAGGGGGCAGCCGACGGUGGCGGCGCAGGCACCCGAUCAAGAUCAGCCUAUUGACUUGUCCGUGAAGCAGGCGACCAUGAUCGAGGACGCGGGUAACGAGGACAGCGAGGACGGGAACAUCGACGUCGAAGGCGACGACGUCGUUAAGUCGGUGCCUUUGGAUUUGACUUUAGAUCGCUAGAGUGCGACAGAAAUGUUUGGGGUGGGAGGGGGUUCGGUUUAAGAAAUUGGACGCAAGCGCCACGAAAACUUUUUACGUUUCAACGAUAUUCGAAUUUUUACUGGUCGUCUGGUUUCUGAAUUGCUUCAGGUGUUCGAGUUUCGGUGAAAUAAACAAAGAAAGCUUGAAUCAAUUUUACUCGCUUUCGUUGGAAUCAGUUUGAAGUUUCAACCUAUGCGAAUGUGCAUAUUCGUCACUGAACUAAUUCAGGAUGUUUAGCUUUCGCAAGACAAUUUCUGGAAUUUCAGUAUUUUGGUACGAAUUUGAACAAAACAAUUAAUAUUAAUUAAUCUAUCUUGUUUUAAAAUCAUCUAAUAAAAUGAAGUGAAGAAGAAAGUUUUGCCAGAUUGGUAAAUUUACCUUCAACAAAAAUUAUUUUUGCAGUUUUAUGGGAAUGUUUAAAUUGCCAUCAACCUUCCAGUUAUAAGUGGAUUGAACAGAAACAGACUUUCGAUGCAACUUAAGUAUACUUGAACUUUAAAGAUUAGGAUUCUGAUGCAUCUACUUCUCCUUCUGCUACUAUUGACUAGGAAAGUUUUCCUGUUUGUCUAAUAUCUAAUUGUCAUCAACUUCCCAGUUACAAGAGGAUUGAACAGAAGCAUACUUUCAGUACAACUCACGUGUUCUGCAAUUAUAUAAAAAUUAUAGAAGCGGGUUGGAACUUUAAAGAAAAACAAUCUGAUGAUUGUUUU